AUGAAAUCCACGUUUCUCGCGAGCCUGACCGGCAGGAGCCAGGCUCCGUGCAUGCAACCUAGGUGUGCAGCCAUCCAAACACGUCCCAAGAUCCUGACGCCGAGCGACAUCGGUAAGGUGAACUGUUUCCUGAUCCCUCUGCAAGACGCGGAGAGGUACUUCCCUAUGGCCGCCUCAAGACCCAAGAGCAAUCGCGUCUCUUUCAUCUCCUUCGAGGAGAGGCACUUCCGCUACUGCUCCUGGAGCAGCAGCAGCAACUACUUCCUGACCAGGGGCUGGACGACCUUCGUCCUUCUACAGCGGGCCGGUGGGGCCGCAGGCAACCGCAGAUUCAUUCAGGGCAGGCAACGCGGUGGCGUCUCCGGGCUGCAUCCCAUGCCAGCUGCAGUGCCUCGCAGCCUCACUCCACCACCCGGCAUGCUAUACAGCCACCAGCCGCUGCGUCAGGGCCUCCGCUUUCACAGGAGCAUCUACGGAUCCGGAGCAUCAAGGUAG